AUGGAUCCCUUAGAGACUGUAUCCUGCCAACCAUGGACGUCAAGGCUUCCCAAGAUGGCUCAACCCGACCUGGACUUCAUCGGACUGGAUAAAAAUUUGUUGGACACCUGUUGUCCAUUGAGCGGGGAGUUUAUGAAGGGACAAAGGAGUGAUGUACAGCCCUCAGCGACCAAUAUUCAGGCAAAUAAAAUUGCAGCCUCUUGCACCCUAGUCUGCAAUCCCGUUAUUGUUUACUACGACUUGUUGGACAUGUCGAUGUUUGGAAAGCUUUCUGCUUAG